GCUUUUGUUACUCCAUGGAACGAGAUUACUAUGAAAUUCUUGGUAUUUCUAAAGAUGCCAGCCGAGAUGAGAUUAAGAAGGCUUUUCACGAGAUUUUGUAGUGGAAGAACUGAACUGAGUGCAGAACAAGCCGCUGCAAGAAGCCACUCGGAAUAUUUUAGAUUGCUAUGUAAGCUUCAUAGAUAAUUGUAAUUGAAAUGGAGAAAUCAUACUCAAUGAUAAAUAGGGAACAACGUAUGAUGACUGGAUGACAUGAGCUAAAUGCUUUUAACACUACACUCAAUGAGUUCUUGUUUAAUCCAUUUCCAAAUGUUUGAAUCUCUUAAAAUCACAAUAACUCAAAGUAAAGAAAGUAUAGUGUUUAAAUAUAAAUCAUAGAAACCCAAAUUCCCUAUAGCUAAAAUCUUUUUCUUGGUAAGUGGAAUGCCUAAAAUCUUUAUGUCCCAUAUGGAUGGGUCAGCCACAUGAAUUCUCUUUUUUCCAUUCUUUCCUAUUAUACACUUAUGUGGUAUGAGGAAUAUUUUUGAUUUAGCUUUGAUUCAUGUUGAAAUUGGGUUAGAUUGCAGAACAGUGUGAUUAUAUAUAUAUUUUAUUUAUUUAUAUUGAUAAAAGUAGCAUUUCAUUAAAAAAGCGCUCAAGAGGGGAGCGCACCCAAGGAACAAAAUAUACAAAAAAGAAUAGCUAUAGGUUCAAGCUAUCUACAUAUUCCAAAAGACGACCCACGGAUUCACAAUUUUGCCUGUUAACCCAAAAGAAUAAAGAACUCAGAAUAGUAUAUUUAAGAUGAGAUCAAAUAGGAGUUUCCUCCCCGUCAAAAACUCCUAUUCCUUUCUCUCCACAAACCAACCAUAAACAAAGUGGAGUGAUUCUCCAAGCAUGUCGGGCUUGGCUACCAGUAUGUACCCUCUCCAAGCCUCUAUUGUAUCCACCGUGGAACCAGAAAGAACCCAACAAACUCCAAAGAUAGCAGAGAACAUGGCCCAGACAUCACGCCCCACAAUGCAACGCGAAAGGAGAUGCAAAAGGUGUGACUAUUUGAUUUGGGCAUUUGGUAAUUAACAGUUUUGGUUCGGCUAGUUAACAUGCAUGAGCAUUGGCAAAACAGGCAUAAACCAGGUUGAAUGUUGCUAGUCAACCUUGGCUUGAGCUGAAACAUCAGAUGCUUGCUAAGAAGUACCAUCCAGAUGCAAAUAAGAAUAAUCCUUCUGCAAAGAGGAAAUUUCAACAAAUAAGGGAAGCUUAUGAGACUUUGAAAGAUUCUGAAAAGAGAGGAAAAUAUGACUGGGAGCACUCCAGAGGUCCAGAGGAUGUGAAAUAUGCCACUGGAGAUGCAGAGGGGUUUAGAUAUGCUCAUAGAACUCAUUUCUCAGAAUCAUUCCAUAAAAUUUUCUCUGAGAUCUUUGAAAACGAGACUGGAAAUUUUGCAACUGAUAUUCAGGUGGAGUUAUCCCUUUCUUUUUCUGAAGCUGCUGAAGGAUGCACAAAGCAUAUGUCUCUUGUGUCAAGUGUUCCCUGUGAUGUUUGCCAUGGCCGUGGCCACCCACUUAAUGCGAAAACAAGAAUUUGUCCAACUUGUGAAGGCGUUGGGAGAGUUACAGUUCCUCCAUUCACAACAGCAUGCCAUACUUGUAAAGGACUCGGUCGGAUUGUUAAGGAAUCUUGUACGACGUGCAAAGGAUUAGGGGUGGUUGAAGGAAUGAAGAAGGUUACAGUUCAAAUACCAGCAGGUGUAGAUUCUGGGGAUACGAUCCGUGUACCAAAAGCUGGUAAUGCUGGAGGCCGAGGAAUACAACCUGGCAACCUAUACAUAAAAUUAAAGGUCGCUGAGGAUCCUAUUUUUGCUAAAGAUGGCGCAGAUAUAUACGUGGACUCUAAUAUUAGCUUUACACAAGCUAUUCUUGGUGGUAAGAUUGAGGUGCCGACUUUAUCCGGGAAGGUGCAAGUGAAAAUACCCAGGGGGGUUCAGCCUGGACAGGUUAUUGUGCUAAGAGGCAAAGGCUUGCCAAUGCAUGGUUUUCUAAAAGACCAUGGAGAUCAACAUGUGCGCUUCCGCAUCACCUUUCCUACCACAGUAAAUGAACGCCAACGUGCUAUAUUGGAAGAAUUUGCUAAGGAGGAAAUUAGUCGUGAAAAUACUGCAGGAAACUGGUGGCAGCAUAUUCUUGAACGUGUGGCGGGUCCAAAAUUUAUUCUUGAAUUCUCUCUUUUUAUGUUGAUCCUGCUGCUGCUUGGCAAAAUCAUGGGAUGAAUCAUGGGAUGAGAGCAGCUGCUUUAUGAUUUUUGAUGGAUAAAUCUAUGGCAAUCAUCUUUGAUAGAAGGUUACUGCUAUCGUCAUCCUUAACAAUUCUGCUGAUGUAGUCCCAGUUAUAUCGGAUUCCUCUGCUGAGAGAGAAGAGUUCUUCGACGGAAGGUUUUCACGUUCAUUCACUCUAACUUUUUGUUCUUUUCUUCAUUCAUCAUCAAAGAGUACAACACUAUAGGGUUGCUUCUCCUUUUGGUUAGAAUACAGUUUGUGUAUGUCACACAUAUGAAUUGUUGUAUAGAAUUGAUCAUUUUAUGAUUAAUAAAAAUGAGGCUUCUUUAAUCAUUCAA